CAUCUACACUGAGCACCAAUUAGUUGAGGACUUGGUGCCACCUUGUUAAGGUAGCGUCGAAUACCCGUCUGUUUGUUACGUUCAGUGACAAUCUCCGAGGCUACAGCGCAUCUAAGAGAUGAUACUGUUGUUUCCAGCCACGCCAGGGGUGAAAAGCAUACAAACCAGCCGAUGCCGCUGCGCAUAUCUUCGAUCCCCGCUGGGCCUGGAUCCUCCUCAAGCUGGGUGUGACCCAAGGGGAUGCUACAUACCAGUGUAUUCAAUUUGUUCUCUGGGCCUUGUGCGAGUCUGGAGUUCACGAAUCAUGGUUUCCAAGAUGAAACAGCAAUCGGGUGGGAGGUCGCAAAAGUCAAGACUUACGCCGUCCAUUGCAAGCUCGCAAGACCUACAACUUGGAGGACGGUCCCCAAGAGCGAGUGGCCUCCAGACGAUUCCUCUCGACUGCGAGCUCUUGGACAUUCGGGACCGAGAAGUCGAAUACUCCAUUCAUGACCAGGCGCCAAGUAAUUCGCUUGGGGGUGCCGCAAAAUCGCCUUCCCAAGUUUACUGGGGCUGUUCCGAGCGGCAAUGGCAGUUACGGGCAGUCCGGCUUGUCGAAUCCUAUCGGUCGCGCUACGUUGAUCGGGCGCCAAAGGUUACUAGUCUCAAGAAACACCCGGGGCCAGAGCCGAGAGAUGCGGCUGAUGGCGAUGCUGGUGGCACGCUUAGGGAUCGGGAGCGCAAGGGGUUCUACGACCUCGUGGAGGCGAAAUGAGCAGCAGUAACAGUAGCCCCGAGGUCACCGAGGAAAGGAUUCAUCCUUUGAGCCAAAGGCGCAGGGGGCAAUGAGAGG